AUGCCUAAAAACUACCAGCAAGCUCUUGCAUCUGUUUUUGCCAUUGAGGAGAUCAACAAGAAUGCCAAGUUGUUACCCAACACCACUUUGGGAUCCUGGAUCUUUGACAAUUAUUUUAAUCCAAGAAUGACCUAUUGGAACACUCUCAACCUAGUUUUCAUGGGACAAUGGCAUAUCCCAAAUUACAACUGUGUCAGGGAUAAGAAGUUCAUGGCUGCCAUUGGGGCACUCACUUCCCAAAACUCCAUCCAGAUGGGCAACAUCUUAAAUACCUAUAAAACACCACAGCUGAGUUAUGGCUCUUUUGACCCUGUGUUGAGUGACACCAUUCAGUUCUCCUCUUUCUUCCGGAUGGUUCCAAAUGAAAGCCCUCAAUACACUGGCAUUGUUCAGCUACUGAAGCAUUUCAGAUGGAAUUGGAUUGGCCUCCUCACAUCAGAUGAUGAUAGUGGAGAAACAUUUCUUAAAACUCUGAGGCCAAGGUUUUUCCAAAACAAUAUUUGCAUCGCAUUCACAGUAUCAAUUCCAGCAGAAACAUCUCAUGAGAAACUCAACAAUGCCCUGGGAUGGAUUGAUCAGACUCUCAGAUUAUACAGCAAAGUAAAUGUCAUCCUUGUCUAUGGGGAUGGUCAGUAUAUGGAGGGUUUACGAAUAAUUUUAGAAGCGAAUGAAUUUUUUUACUUUGAGCCAAUGGAGAAGGUUUGGAUCAUAACUGCUCAGUGGGAUUACACAGCAGUCUUUUCAGGAAAUCAGUUCACAGUUAAAUCCUUCAAUGGCACCUUGUCCUUCAAACCUCAUACAAAUGUAGUUCCAGGAUUUCAGGACUUCCUUGAAAGUUUAAAUCCAUAUCAGUCUCAGAUCUAUCUCAUGGGUUACUUCUGGUCCAACGUUUUCAAUUGUUCACUCUCCAGACAUAACUUGUAUUUACCAGGCCAAAAAUAUUGCACUGGGGAGGAGACACUGGGGAGUCUUCCUGGUUUUGUGUUUGAAAUGGGAAUGUCUGCUCAGAGUUACAGUAUCUACAAUGCUGUUUACGCCAUCACACAUGCUCUCCAUGCUAUGUUUUCAUCAAGAUACAAACACAAAGGAAUGAGGAAUGGAGAAAGACAGAAUCUUCUGAAAGUUCAGCCAUGGCAGCUUCAUGCUUUUCUGAGGAAUGUCCGCUUCAACAAUAGCGCUGAGGAAGAAAUAUUUUUUGAUGAGAAUCUGGAGUUGGCAGUCGGAUACGAUAUUGUCAAUUUGGUCACAUUUCCCAAUCAAUCCUUCCAGAGAGUUCCAGUUGGAAGGAUGGAUGCCCAGGUUUCAGGAGGAAAAGGCUUCACCAUUAAUAAAAGUGCCAUUCAGUGGAACCACAAGUUCAACCAGGUGGGAGUAAUCAGGAGUUCUGUUUUUAAACAGAAUGAUGCAUUUAGGAUCCAAGAUAAAGAGAGUGAUGCUUUCUUCAUGCCUUUGGAACUAAAUUGCAGAGUUAUACCUGGCAAGGCCUUUGAUUUUUAUGCUUUGUCCCCUGUGCCAGAAAAUAUCAAUGAUCCAUACAGGGCCUCAAAUUAUGCAAACACUGUUAUCAAAGAUGGGCACUGGACCCAUCGGAUUACGUCUUGCCCUCUCUGUACACUGCCUCGUGCCACAUGUGUUGAGAGCUGCCACCCAGGACACAGCAGGAUUGCUCAGAAGGGGAAGCCGGUGUGUUGCUAUGAUUGUACUCCGUGUUCUGAGGGAAUGAUUGCAAUUCAGACUGAUGCUGACCACUGUGAGAAGUGCCCAGAAGAACGGUAUCCAAAUAAGCAACAGGAUCAGUGCCUCCCCAAACGUAUUAUUUUCUUAUCUUACGGAGAACACUUGGGAACAGCUUUGGCUAUUUGUGCCCUUUUCUUUGUGUUGAUCACAGUUUGGGUGAUGGGGAGCUUCAUUCUGCACUGGAACACUCCCAUUGUCAAAGCCAACAACUGGAGCAUCACCUGCACCCUGCUAGUCUCUCUGCUUCUUGGUUUUCUAUGCUCCUUCCUGUUCAUUGGCCGACCUGGGAAGCUGUCCUGCAUUUUACGACAAACCAUGUUUGGUAUCAUCUUCACUGUUGCAGUGUCUUCUGUGUUGGGUAAAACGGUCACUGUGGUUGUGGCCUUCAUGGCCACCAAGCCAGGAAACAGGAUGAGGAAAUGGGUGGGGAAGAGGACGGCAGUAUCCAUCAUCAUUCUCUGUUCUCUUAUUCAAAUUGGCAUUUGUGCUGUGUGGCUGGGGACCUCUCCUCCAUUCCCAGAGCUUGACAUGAACUCCCAAAUUAGUGAGAUGACUGUGCAAUGCAAUGAAGGCUCAGAGAUUAUGUUUUAUACAGUCCUGGGUUACAUGGGGCUCCUGGCCAUCAUCAGCUUCUCUGUGGCCUUCCUUGCCAGAAAGCUGCCUGAUACUUUUAAUGAGGCCAAGUUGAUCGCCUUUAGCAUGUUGGUCUUUUGCAGUGUGUGGGUGUCGUUUGUCCCAACCUACCUGAGUACCAAAGGGAAAUACAUGGUGGCUGUGGAGAUCUUCUCCAUCUUGGCCUCCAGUGCUGGAUUGCUGGGUUGUAUAUUUCUCCCCAAGUGCUAUAUUAUUUUACUGAGGCCUCAUCUGAACGCCAAAGAGCAGCUAGUAAGGAAAAAUACUUGA